CAUGUUAGAAGCACAUUCAUGUCAUCGAAAAAAGACUGCAAAUUCGAUCCAUGAUACACUCUCGCCAAAUUAAACCGCGUAUCUUUAUAAAGCCAUACAAAUUGUUUCAUAUCGAUCUAUUGGCAGCCAAUGCAAGUAUGCAAAUAGCACGAGCUUUUGAUUUCUGGUAUAUACAAAAGCAAUGAAGCACUACCAAAAUCCGGGUUCCACCGGCCCUUCUCUUUGAAGCUCAUUCAUUGGAUAGAAAUAAAUCCAAGGCACACAUCACCUUGUACAAUCUUGUUUAAAUUUUGCCUCCGAUCUCCGCAUAAAAUACAAGGGCUGUUGCUACUUCUUCUUCCAAAAAUCAUGUCUUCGAUAAUAUCAGCCUCCCAACAUCAAAUAGACCAACUGAGGUCUAUAAUACACUCACUAGGUUCAGAUCCUGUCAACGUCUUCCAGAACACGCUACUUCCAUCCGUUAAGCGCUCCAAGUUUAAGUACCUUGGUGCUGCUAUUGCGCUCUUUGUGGUCAGCAGAGUGUAUCGUGUUUUUGCAUACCCAAAAAAACUCGGUCAUUUAAAGAGAAUACCAGUGCUCUCAACGCUCAAAUCCUUGAUAGCAUCUGAAAACGACCUCGACCGGACUCGCAAGUUUGUGUUACCCCGUUGGAAAGAGACCGACGGAGUCAUGACCGCUUGGGGUCAGUUUGGAUGGGAGGUCGUUGUUGCCAACCCAGAGGCCGUUCGAACUGUUUUGUACAAACCAGAUAUCUUUCCAAAAUCUUCCGUUUUUGAGAACCCCAAGCACAAGACCUUGAUCUUCAAGUUUUUCGGAAACACCAAUAUGUCUCUUGCCAACGCUCAUGAAUGGAGAAGGAGAAGAAAGGCUACCUUCAAGCGCUCUAUGCCUGCAAAGACAUUUGCUGUGUUGACUAGCAGAAUGUUUGAGCAGAUUGAAAAAAUUGAUGGGCCAGUGCAUGUACAGAAACUGCUUCAAAGAUUUACGUUGGAUGCUAUCGGCCUCAUUGGAUUUGGAUUUGAGUUCAAUGCUACUAACACCCCUGAGGGAGAAUGGGUUAGAACAUAUAACGAUGUUGCUGACAACAUUGCCGACUUCAGGUAUCUCUUCUUUCCCGCCCUUGAUACCACCUACCUCGGACUAUUCCCAGAGCGACAAAAGAAGCAUGAAAGCUUGAACAGACUGAACACACUUUUUGAUCAGAUCAUCGAAAACAAGAAAUCAGAACUAGCAAAAGGCGCAUCAAAUGUCGAGGAGAAUGAGAAGGAUCUAUUGACACUUAUGAUGGAGGCUGGCAAUGGUGAUGAUCAACAUGAGCCUCUUACUUCUGAAGAACUUCGGGAUGAACUCGUGUUGUUUUUCAUAGCAGGUCAUGACACCACGUCUAAUACUAUGACUGCUGCGUUGUAUUUCUUGGCUGCUAAUCCGGAUAUACAAACAAAAGCUCGACGAGAAGUCUUGGGUGUUCUUGGAGAUGAACCCUUGGACGCAUGGCCAACCGUUGACCAGCUUAAAGAAUUCCCUUACCUCACCAAAAUUAUGAAAGAGUCUAUUCGCUUAGCACCGCCAGUGUCGGCUCUGCUUGUAAGAGAUACUACAGUAGACACAGAAUUGAAUGGUGUAGUUAUUCCCAAAGGCACUCUUGUCAAGGUUGACGUACUCUCACUCCACUAUAAUGCCAACCUUUGGAAGGAUCCAACAAAGUUUGAUCCCGAGCGAUUUACCGAUGGAGGAGAGUUAGAUUCGAUGCCGUCUGCAUAUGCAUAUCUUCCAUUUGGCGGUGGCUCGCGACAAUGUAUAGGAAUGAACUUCAGUUUGGCUGAACAGCGUGUGGCACUAAGCUCUAUUUUGAGGAAAUACGAGCUCAGUCUGCCCGAAGAUUGUAUUCACAAGGACGGCAUUGUGUUUGGUUCACAGAUGCUAAAUAUGACGGCUAAAGAGAUGAUGAUCAACUUUACUCGAAGAUACUAAUAGGUUGAUUUGUUCAUUUGCAUGGGCCGUUUAAUGCCUUUUGAUAUGAUAUAUGCACUUCCCUUAAUCAAUAAUAUAACUUCUAAGC